UAACAAAUUGGACUUCAUGAAGAAUGUAUUGGGAAACCCUAAAACCCAGUUAAUCCAUGCUUAAGGCCCCAUGUAGAGUUUAUAUGGGUCCUUUAACAUUUGAGACAAAAAGUGUGUGAAUCAAUUCUUUCAAGGAAAUGAUCCAGUUGCAUUAGAAUUAUAGCACAAACUCAUAAUUUUGUCCAUUUUCACAAAAUGUAUCACAAAAAAGUUCAUAAAUUAUUUCUUUACAUAUUAGAUCAAGGUUUGAGAUAUUUGGUGUAUGUUUCAUUUUCUUGUGCUGUUUUUAACACAUUUUGGUACUUCCCCAUUGGCACUUGUGCAUACCCAUUCAUAUUUAUACCAUACCAACAACUGUUCGAUUUCAGCUACGCCAGCGCUGUUAGUCUAAUGGCAACAGGCAGAGUAAAUGUGAAGCCUCUUAUAACACAUACAUUUAAACUGGAGGACACAUUGAAGGCGUAUGAACUAGUCAAGAACCAAGAGGAUGGAGUUGUAAAGGCAAUCAUAAGGUGCAAUGACUUUUAAUGUGCAGAUAACCGAUACCUUGAGGAUUGAACAGUGAUGUAUAUGAAUGUUGAAAAUAGUAAACUGAUAUUUUAACCAGACUUACUCAUUGUCUGAUCCUAUUUACUUUUUUGCCAAUGAUAUUGAGUGAGACAUAGUUGAAGGAGAAUUAGGUUAAAUGAUUUAAGCCUGGGCCUCAAUGAAUUGUGGAUGAAUUCUUGCAUCAAGGCUUAGAAUGAGGUUGGUAGUCCAAAUUCAAAGUCAAAGAUAUGGCUUUGUAUAAAAAACCUCCUACCUCAUACCCACCUACCCA